AUGUACUUAGUUACAUCCUCCUCUCUCAGCGCACUGCUGAUAGCUGGAAAUGGUGUAACAGGAUAUCAUAUUACUGCAAGCCCACGCGAAUGUGAUGGACCAAGCGUUCCAAUGGCAGACUGGAAAACACUCAAUGCCACUGUGGGCGGGAGACUACACGCCGCUAAACCAUUGGCUGAACCAUGCUAUUCCACGUACCACAACUCCUCUGGGGAGUUUGCAUUUAGUGACAAGGCAGCUUGUUCGAUCAUCAAAGCGAGCUAUUUGGACUCGCAUUUUCAUGCAAACCAGCUUGGUGGCUACUUAAACACAAACUGGGCAACAUGCCAAGCCACCGGUCAGGGGUGCGGUCUGAACUUUAGCGAUCCUAUACAGUCUGUCCCGUCUUCUUCCGUCUGUUUUCAAGGCAGCGUCUCCAACUACUAUAUCAAUGUGAGCGACGUGUCUCACGUUCAAGCUGGUCUUUCAUUUGCCAGGAAGCAUCGUGUGCCUCUUAUUGUCAAGAACACAGGCCAUGAUUACAAAGGGCGUAGCUCGGGGCCUGGUACGCUUGCACUAUGGACUCACAACGUCCAGCCAGAGAUCGAGCUCUCUGCCAACUUCACUCCCGCUGGUUGUCACGUUGGUGCAGGCAAGGCCGUAACAUACGGAGCGGGCCAGCAAUGGGAAGGACUGUAUAAGUUCGCCGAAGCAAACGACAUCUUUCUGGUCGGUGGCUCAGAUCUCACAGUCGGCGCCGCAGUUAUGCUGCCAAAUGGCACGUAUGUGACCGCCAGUCGAUGCCAUAACCAAGAUCUUUUCUUUGCUCUUAGAGGAGGGGGAGGAAGUGCCUUUGGUGUAGUAUGGGAGGUCACCAGCAGAGCUUGGGAUACACGCGAAGUUCAGGUCGUAAACGUCCUCUUUGCUGCGGCAAGCAUCAGCGCAUAUAAUGCCUUCUUUGACCUCGCUACACAAAAUGCCAACAAAUGGGCUUCUGAAGGUUGGGGCGGAAGCAUCUUUGCCGGCGGCGGUGGCCGUAACGUCAUCGGAUUCCAGGUGUACAACAUGGCACUAUCUCUUGACGAUGCCAAAGCUUCUAUGCAGCCGCUGUUUGGCUUUGUCGCGUCUUCAAACAACAGCGCUCAGGUGAUAGAGUCCGACAUCACCAGCUUCCCUACCAUCUGGCAAGCAUAUCAAGCCAAACUGGUCCCGAUUCUGGAGAGCGCGGGUAUCGGCGUCGCACUGGCUAGCAGAUUGAUUCCCAGUGAUCUGCUCGCCGAAUCGGCAGGGCAAAAGGCCGUCGCUGCCGCCCUUGCACAAAUAUCGAAUGACCUGACAUUCCCGACCAGUGCCUCGCAGACAGACCCGCUGAGCGUAAACUAUACGGCACCCGUGCAGAUUCUCAUGACGGCUCCGUAUGGCUACAAGCCCGUGUCGCCAGGAGAAAGCUUCGCAGACAGCUCAGUCACCCCUGCCUGGAGGAAGUCUACCUGGCAUGCUAUUAUGAUUCAAAAUUUUGCAUCACAGGCCGACAAAGAGACCAUUUCAACGGCCUUUUCAGCCGUCCAUGCCGCUGGUGACAAGCUGCGUGCUCUCGCACCAGAUAGCGGAGCUUACCAGAAUGAAGCAGAUGUCUUUGAGACAGACCCAGUAGGAGCUUAUUGGGGCAAGGAGAACUACAACAAGCUCAAGGCGAUUAAAAAUGCGAUUGACCCUGAUAAUAUCCUGACUUGUUGGGAUUGUAUUGGGUCAGUUCGUACGGAUAACAGAUACCAAUGUUAUCCAGACGUUGCCGGCCCAUCUAACAAGAACUCUGCUUAG